ACUUAUCAAAGUUCACCUUAAAUUCUCGUUCAUGUAACCCAUCAAUACGUCGACCUCGUCGUAUAUUUGACAUGGAGUCGAGUGGUGACACGGAAAAUGCAAAUGAAUGGGAACUUUGCAAAGAAAAUGUCCAGCCUUUGAGGCAAGGUCGAAAAUUUGCAAAUUUGUCUGCAGCACUGCAACCAAACUCAACAGACUUGCAGAACAAGAUUCGUCAACAAAAACAAGAAUUUGAAAUUGAGCUUCGCACAUAUAGUGGAGAUGAUCCACUGGAUGUUUGGUAUAGGUACAUAAAAUGGACUGAACAAACCUACCCUAAAGGUGGCUGCGGCAAGGAAGGGAAUCUGAUAGAACUUCUCGAAAACUGCAUCCAGCGAUUCAAGGAUGAUGAUGUUUAUAAAAAUGACUUCAGAUAUGUCAAUGCCUGGCUCAAACUUGCUAAUCACCAGAGUGAGCCACUUGAAAUCUUCAGCUUCAUGUUCAACCACGGUAUUGGAUGUAUGGUGUCCAGUUUCUACUCUGCAUGGGCAUGGCAGUAUGAAGAGUCGGGCAACUAUAAGAAGGCAGAUGCUAUAUUUCAGCAGGGCGUGAGGGCAGGAGCCCAGCCCAUGGAUCAACUCAAGUCACAACAUCUGGAGUUUCAAGCACGACUUGCACGGAAGGUGGCUGAAGAUGGAGAUACCAUGAUGGAGACAACUGAUUCAGGACCACAGAGGAGCACUCUGGCACAGCUCAAAGGCCAUGGAAAGCAUAAAGCUGUUGGUGUCAACAGGUUGAAUGUCUCAACAAAACCAGCCCAAGGUCUUGGCGUUGCAGCAGCACCGAAGCAAAUCAGCGGCCCAUCUUUCUCCAUAUUUACUGAAGAGAGCAAUCCGUGUGCCUCUCUUCCACCACAGACAGCUGAGUACAAGAGUAUUCCGCAAAAAGCCAAGAUGAAAGCUGAAAAUGAGCAGAAGCCAGGGAAAUGGUCUAGUGCUAAGGUCAAACAGAAAACUGUUGGAACUGUGCCCAUCAGUGAAGUAUCUCAACACAACCAGCCAGCAUUCCCCAUACAUGCUGAUGAAGGUAUCAUAGAUCCGCCUCCUACUCCAAGGACGGCGAUACGAAUGGACAACAACCAAGUCCUCAGCGCAAGAAAACCCCAAAAGCAACACAAUACUCUUCAGGCGAUUACAAAUUCUGCCAUGGUUGUAAAUAAUCCCGGUGAGAUGCCAAUGUACUGCAAGUUGAAGGUGUAUGGUGGAUUACAUGAGUUGCAAUUGGAGGAGAUUCGGGCGGCCAGGUGGAGGAAGAAUCGCAAAAAAAUUGAAAUGGAACAAAGGAGACUAGAAGAUGAGAAAAGACGUGCUGAAGAGAUGAAAUCAAUGAUGGACAUGAUGAAACAACAACAAGAGGCCCUGGAGCAACAACGUCUGCUUUUCCAACAAAUGCAUGAAAAGCAGUGGCAACAACAACAACAGAUUCCUCCACAACAACAGCAACAACAACCACAACAACAGUUUCAGGAACAGAAUGAUGUGUGCGUCGACUUCAAUCCUCCACAACAACAGCAACAACAACCACAACAACAGUUUCAGGAACAGAAUGAUGUGAACACGUUAGAUGCUCAGUUAGAAGAGAAACUCCAAAUUAGGGAUGAAUGCAGUCAAGAUGUCUCGAUGAGUGCAUCGCGCAACACAAGCAGACAGCUCGCCUUUCCUAACAGUGCGGCUGCAGCCCUGCCACCCAAGUCAGCCUCUGUUAGCCGACAGAUGUUUGACACAUCGUCUCAACGACAGUGCAAUGAAAAUUCGUUCCCAUCUAGUAUCAAGAUAUUUGAAGAUUCAGAGCCAACGCCUGCACAAUCUAGUAUGAAGAUUUUUGAGGACAAACCUACCCCAUCUGGUAUCACGAUUUUUGAAGACAACACCUCUCGUGUGAAGCCGACGCAGUCUAGUAUAAAAAUAUUUGAGGACACUGCGUCAGGUAUGGAUACAGGUGCUAGAAUCUUUAGAGAUGACGCAAAGCUUGAGAAGCCACAGACAAGUGACACCGUCAAUGUAUUUCAAGAAAGUCGCGCUCCCACUCAACCUCGUGGAUUGCAGCCAAGACUGUUCAAGCGGGAAUGUACAUUUCAGGAACAGGUGCCUGCGCCAAACGUGUCGGCUGCCUCUGCUCGCACUCCUGGACAACAUGAGCCAAGUUGGCCGUCCAAUUCUUUCAGUCGCACGAGGUCGAGAGAACCGACACCGGACAGCUUUUAUAAUCCAUUUAAAGAUUCAGGUGGCAGGAGUCGAGAGAGCAUGGCAGCACCUUCACCUACGGUCAACACGAGAGAGGCAUUCCAACUUGUGAUGGGCAUGUUCAACAACACCAUUGACAGUAACCCAGAGGCCAACUUUGGGUGGGAAGGGAACAAUGAGUCUGUGGUUGACAACCAAAUGGAAGCGGAAUAUGCUGUGGAAUCAGUGAAACCAAAAGUUGCUGGGGGAUGCCUUGGCACACACAAUGCCCAGCCCUUUGUUAUAUUUGAUGAGAAUCAGGGAGGACGGCAUUCUGAAAAGGUGCUGAAGUCACAUCAGGAUCUAAUUGACCAGGAAAACAGAGCACCGGCAGAUUACAAUAAACAGCCCAAGAGGACAGGCUUAUCUGGUAUUCUCCAGCCAGCCACGGAUAUUCCUUGUCAAGGAAAAGAGGAUGAUUACGGUGAUGGAGACAUGUUUGGUAUAGAACCACUGCCAGAUGAAGAUAUGACCUUUGCCCCAUGUUUCGAAUCGACCAAGAAAUUCUCCCAUUUAGCGCAAAUGGUGUCUACACCAUUUCCAAAUGCAGGAAACGUACCACUUCCUAAUCCCGCCUUGAGUAAUAUCAACGUUAACCAAACACAGUUUGAGACAAAGACUGGGCUUUGUGCUGAAGAGACGAUGUUUAUGUGCAAGAGUUUGGACCAAGAGGAGAUGAGUAGUAAGAAAGACAUGCCGCCCUUUGCCAAGGAAAAUGUUUACAGCUUGGCUGAACAGUCGCCAAAAGAAAAGUUCCCACGACCGAGCAUCGGUGUUGGACAAUUGACGCCAAUAAUGGAAGGCAGUAGCGAGAAGUCAUCUGGGCACAGCGACAACACCAACAAUGUUUUCUGCCACACCGGCUUCUCCAGUCACCACCCGAUGACAGGACUAGAGACUGUCGAUGAAGAGAGUCUGCGAGCUUUGUCCAUAAACGAGUCGAGACAAAUGAAUCUCCAAGCGAUGGCGAUGAACGAAUCAAAGCCUGUGUGUCAGGUAUCAGUCCGAGAGAUUACAGCACCAAAUGUUCUGGCCGUGAACGAAUCCAGGAGAGACGUUUCUACAUUUGAUGUUCCGAUGCCCGAAAUUUCACUGCCUGCAUUUAGCGUGAAUGAAUCACGAAUGAAUUUGUCAGAAUAUGAUGCACAAGAGCCAGAGAUUUCAUUUCCUGCACCGCAAGUUGAGAAUAUGAACCAGACUUGCCACUUUAUCGAUAUCACCCACUACGAACCAAGCGAGGAAAACACACCAGAUUUCUUGUCAACGUCGGUCGUCUUUGAUUCAUCAGAUCCCUUUGAUUUAGAUUUGGUCAAAAAAUUCAUCUCGAGGUUGCCGACACCUCUGUCGUCCCAUCCUAACUAUCAUGAAUGUAAAGGAGCUAUGCCGAAAAUCAAGAUCAGCAAGUCAUCCUGCAUGGUUUCAAUAGGCCUCGAAGAGUAUGAAAUUGUGAGGAAAGUUGGAGAAGGAGCCUUUGCUGAUGUCUACCUCGCCAAUGUUAUUGAUUUGGAGGAGGCUACCGGUUUGGACUUGGAGGGAAAUGAAUGCGUUGUGAAGGCCCAGAAACCUGCAUGUCCUUGGGAAUUCUAUAUCUGUUCUGAGCUGGCAAAGAGGAUGAGGCGGCUCCAAGCUCCUGUAGAUCCAACGCCCUUCUUCAUGAAUAUUGACAAAGCUUACUUCUACUCUGAUGGCUGUUUCUUCGUGAAUGCCUACCACAAGUAUGGGUCACUCCUGAAUCUUGUGAACGCCUUCAAAGUUAAGAAGUCCUUCCUUCCUGAAUCCGUUGUCAUGUAUCUGACCAUCUCACUGCUGAAGAUCUUGGAGAAUCUGAUGGCUGUUGAUAUCAUACAUGGAGACAUCAAGCCUGACAACUUCCUCUUCGUUGGAAUGCCUGAUGGUUCGUCUUCCACAAAUCCAGACACACUCUUAAAUGAGAGUUUCCCUGUGAAACUGAUCGACUUUGGUCGUAGUAUCGACAUGGACAUGUUUCCUGCUGGGAUGACGUUUACGGCCAAGGUUGAGACGGACGGAUUCCAGUGCAUUGAGAUGAAGACUGACAGGCCGUGGACAUACCAGACGGAUUUCUUUGGCAUUGUUGGAACCAUUCACGUGUUGACUUUCUCCAACUACAUGAAGGUGAUUUUGAGUAAAGAUGGAUCAGAAAAGUGGAUUCAUUCCUCGAGGUUCAGACGGAGUUGGAAAGCCGUUGAUCUUUGGACGGAACUCAAUGACAGUUUCCUAAAUAUUCCAAACUGUGACAGUUUGCCGGACGUACGGGAUAUCCGCAUGAGAUUUGAGCGAUACUUCAAGGAGCAUCUGAUCAGGAAUUUCAUCGAAAAAGAAGCUAGGAUGGUGGAGGUGACAUUGCUUAGUCCCCCUUGAGUUGUAACGUUCAGGCUUGUCAUCAAGUCAGACCACAAUAUCACAUCAUGGACUUACCGCUUGUCACGGUCCGGGUUUCACUUCAGUCACUUGUUACGAGCAUGUUCAUUUAGUGACUAAAACUCGAAAACAAGACAUCACAACAUUAGGGUAAAGUGACAUCAUGAAUCAUAUGUAGCCUACUUCUUAAUUUGUAUUUUCUGUUUUAAUAUAUAAACUUUUCUUAGGCCGGUAUUUAGACUGUAGUAUGAUAAUGUGAGGAAAUGGACUCUAGAUUUCUUAAAAUCAUCAUGGUGAUUUGGAUGAGGAGCCAGAGCUGUAUACUGUAGUUCACUUUGUAUGCAUAUGUUGUAUAGGCACUUGGUACGCUUACACCACCUGAUUUAGAAUAGCCUGAGUUGAUUGUAUAGUAUCAUCAUCGUAAAGUCUGUACUUUUACAAAGAGGCUGUUAUUGAAA